GGUUCCUGCGGGGGUGUCUUAUCACAGGCCAUGGUUCUGUUCUGGGUGUUUCCAGGGUGUGUAUGUGUGGUGUUGGUGUAAUGCCGCCUUACAGACUGGCUCCUCUUUGAAGAUAACUUUGUUGUUGGGGCCCUUAAACAUGACAUCAUAAUAGAUGAUCAGAAAGCCGCAGGAAAUGUUAUCUGUCACAAGUUCAAUCACAAAAACAAACUUUUAGGUGCACAUUCACAGUCCUAAUCAUUCCUAAAAACUGCUUUUAUCAGCUGUUGUGAAUAGACACAAGAGAGACACAUGCACACACAGGAUACCCAAAAGCGUCAGGGGGUAUAAGUUGUGUAUGUCAUUUAAAAGGGCUGUCUUAAACUCACGGGUAGACUGAGGAUGGUUUGAGGGUCUGUUUUGACUGUGGAUAUGUUGGAAGCUUUUGGUUCGCUGAUCUGUGGAAGAUACUUUGUGAAGAUUGUUGUAGGAUUUGGAAUCUGGAUCCUUGAAGACACUUAAGGCAAGUUUGAUUGUAUACAGCUGUGUUGUCACAAUAAUAUUCUUGUUACUGAAGUAUAACUUAAGACAUGAAUCUGUGUGAAUAUUGUCUUCCAACUGAUAGGACAAACAGGCACCCCGCCACAAAUUUAACUUGUGUGGGAUAUGAUAAGGUAUUACGCUUAUAAUUGCCAUUGUUUAUGUUGUAUGUGAGAUUAAACAGAAAGUAUGUAAAGUAUCUUGUCUGCCCUUCAGUUUCUUCUGCUUGGACUGGACUGCAUUGAUUCGACAAUGUGCCGGGUUCUGAACAUUUUACUGGCUCUUCUGAGUCGCUUCCUGUUUGCCGUGCACGGUGUGCUGACGGUGUGGCGAGUGGUAGAGGUGACAGGCGACUCCUCCUAUUGGCUGCUGUUGUUGGGCGUGGCACUCCUGGGGGUCGAGAUGACAAUCACAAUAAAAUACACGCGAAACGCAGAAUGGAAAUGGUUCUCUCCUAUGGUCUUUCUUUAUCUGAGUAGUGUGAUUCCUUCUAUCUGGUUCCUGGAGCUGAACCUCCUACAGUCCAACCUGCCUAUCAACACAACCGACUCGGACCCACAACUGUUCUCCCAGAUCCCUUUGACAAUGGGGUUGGAGAAACUUGAUCCAGAGAACUGGGUGGAGGCUUUGGAGCAGACCAUGCUGAUUGUUUUGGUUCUGGGUCGCUGGCUGAUGCCAAAGGGCGACAUGUCACGAGACCAGCUAUCUCAACUCCUCAUGGUGUACGUGGGGCUGGGAGCUGAUAUCCUGGACAUCUUUGACACUUUUAAGGAGCCGCAAGUGAAGACCAAGCAGGCAGUGAUCCUUGUGGGGUUAAGUUUGUUUUCUUGGGCUUUGAUGCAGUUUCCACUCGUUCUAACCCAAACCAGCCGGCCCACUCUCCAGGACGGAUCCCAGUCAGAGUCCCCCCAGGCUGGGUUAUCUGGUUGGAAUAUAUCCUGUUGCUCUAGUGAAGUUUGGAGCCUCUUGCUAACGGUCGGUCUGCAGGAUGGACCGUUUCUUAUUUACCGCCUGUACCUCAUGAUACGUGAGAACGUUCUGAACCAGCUGAUGAUCUUUUUCACAUGCAAGAAUAUACUUGUUGUACUUUUAGAGGUCUACAGGAUUUGUGUCGUGCACUUCGAGAACAGACCUGAGGGUGGAAACCAGUCAUGUGACCCAUCUCACAGCCAGUCAGAAUGGAUUGAUGGACAGGAUGUAGAAGCCAGCUGUCAGGAAUAGACAAUAAUAGAUCAAAAAAUCAGU